AUGAUUAAAUGUAAAUAUAUAAGUUCAAGACUUAAAAUAAUCCCUUGUUAUUUAUCAGGAGGGGUUUUGAAUUGGUUUAAUACAUUUGGGAAAGAAUCUAUUAUAAGUUCACUAAAUGAAGACCAUGACCAAUCCAAUAAGGUAAAUAAUGAUAAUAAACUGGAAUAUUUAACUUCGUUCGGUGAUUAUUUGACUAAAUCCAAUCAUGAUUUAUCUGUCAUCACUAAUAAUGAGUCAUCUCAGAAUGAUUUCACUAAAUAUGUUAGACCAGCAACUAUUCCAAAGACCAGUUUCCAACCUGAACCUUAUAGACCAACCCAACCAGAAUUCCUCAAAUCAGAACCAAUAACUAAAAUAACCAUGCCUCAAUCAAAUCAUAUAGCCGAUAGUCCUGUAGUUGUUCCACCACCUGUCCCACCCAAGAAUCCAUUAGAACAGCCAAUUCCACGGGUACGUAGUAGUACUAGUGGUUCAAUGCCAAGAUCAGUAUCAGGGACUCCUAAUGAAAAUUCUGGUAAACCAGAAACUCCACCUCAUCCUAAAGAUUUACAUCAAAGAUUAGUUCUAUUUUUUGAAGCUAAAGAACUUGACGUAUGA